UUAGCCGAAAGAAUAAGAGUCCACCUCACCCGUUCAAUGCUCACAUAAAAAAAAAAACAAAACCAUCAAAAUUCAGCUCUGAUCAAAUCCGGUGAGUGGGCUAUCUUUGGCUUCUGGACAAAUUUAAAUCUCUUCAAUGCAUUGAUUUCUCACGGGUUCAUGUAAAUAGAGUGGUGUGUGGUGAAGUUGGUGAUGAUAGUUAAGCAUGGCAUGAAUUACUUAACUGUAUUAAACAGUGCAAGAAAUCACAAAUUAGCACCUCCUUUGGCUGUCUUGAGAAGACAACAAUUCUUGAUAAGGGUUCUUGGAGUUAGAGGUGAAAACAGAAUGCAAGGCUCAAAAUUUGAGGCUGAUUCCGAUAACAUUUUGAGGGCUAUCACCCCUGUUUUCGACCCAAAUAGACAUAAAGGCCAAGCAGGGAAGGUUGCUGUUAUUGGUGGGUGUAGGGAGUACACUGGGGCUCCUUAUUUUGCUGCUAUUUCUGCUUUAAAAAUUGGUGCAGAUUUGUCCCAUGUAUUUUGUACUAAGGAUGCUGCUCCAGUUAUCAAAAGCUACAGUCCUGAGUUGAUUGUGCAUCCUGUUUUGGAAGAAUCUUAUAGUGUUGGGGAUAGGGAUAAAGAUCACAUAUCAAGAAGGGUUGUUGCUGAGGUUGAUAAAUGGAUGGAGAGAUUUGACUGUCUUGUUGUUGGCCCUGGCCUUGGAAGGGACCCAUUUCUUCUGGAUUGCGUGAGUGAAAUUAUAAAGCAGGCAAGACAAUCAAAUGUUCCAAUUAUCAUAGAUGGGGAUGGGCUCUUUCUUGUAACAAACAAUCUAGGACUUGUUAGUGGCUAUCCCUUAGCUAUCCUCACCCCAAACGUGAAUGAAUAUAAGCGCCUGGUUCAGAAAGUCCUAAAUUGCGAAGUAAAUGAUCAAGAUGCUCAUGGGCAAUUACUGUCUCUUGCCAAACAGAUUGGCGGAGUCACAAUCUUACGGAAAGGAAAAUGUGACCUAAUCAGUGAUGGUGAGAUAGUUAAAUCAGUGAGCAACCAUGGUUCGCCUAGGCGUUGUGGGGGCCAGGGUGAUAUCCUCUCUGGAAGUGUUGCUGUGUUCUUGUCUUGGGCACGCCAACUUAUCUUAGCUGAUGAAGGAAAUUUGAUUAUCAGUCCGACAAAUCCAACCAUGUUGGGAUGCAUUGCGGGGUCUGCUUUGUUGAGGAAGGCUGCAUCACUUGCUUUUGAGGAUAGAAAAAGGUCAACUUUGACUACUGAUAUCAUUGAGUGCUUGGGAAGAAGUUUAGAGGAUAUUUGUCCAGCCUGUUGAUGCUGCUGAUGUUAGCGAGGAUUCUGUAUGAAAUCUCAUUUCACAGGGAGAUUUCCCUCAAAGCCAGUUGCUUGGUGUGACUUUGAUUAGAAUUUGGAUUUACUAUCUGCUUGUUAGGAAAGAAAACUUUUUGGAGUCCAAAUGAAGUCAUAGAGAGUGAAGCUUGGUCUACAAGCCUUCUAACUUCCACAUAAAGUACACUCAAAAUAAGGGAAGUUGCUCUCUUAGCAUCUCAUACAAAGCGCCCUAGUAGCAAUGAUCCCCACCUUCUAGCAGAUUUAUGCUGUGACUUGGGGUAGUGCAUCCUGUCAUACCGUAAAAAAAUAACAGAAGGAAAAGUUUUGACAGAGAAA